AUGAUGUGGGUGAACUUUAUAUUUAUUGUUCUUCUUAACAUAAAAAAUGUGGCGGAUACUUCACCUUCUGAGGCAGAUGCUGAGAAGGAAUGGCGCUCUGUCAAAAAGUUCAAACCAAGUGUUUUUGUGAGGCCGCAAUUCAAAAGUGGUUCACACAACAGCCCAGGUCGUUUGCUGGAACUACCAGAGUGGAUACGAACUGAAGCUUCUGAGGUUUACCGUGAUUUCUUCAAACCAGAGAUGGGCAGAAGGCCGGUUCCUGAGGUGGUCAAGUCAAUUCUACUGCCUGGGAAACCUACACGGAAACUACCAUCCUCCAUGAAGAAAAUGGUGCAGGUGUUGUGCUACUUGGACAAAAUGUAUGUGAGGGUUCUUAAGAGUGUGUUCACUAACCCCCAGGCAUGGCAACACCUCACGCUGGGAAGCUGUCCUGUCAAUAACAUCACAACGACGCACUACUAUUUUCUGUGUCCUCUAACAGGGUGUGGCAUAAACCGGCGGGAGGAUGAUGAUGGGGUGACUUACUCUAAUACACUCUGCUAUAAACCACCCAACACUGGCCUGGUCGUUUGGGAGCUGCCAUUUUCUUUGCCCAUUCGCUGUCGCUACACUAAGUUCCAUCGCUCUUAUAAAGUUGGCUUCUUGCCCAAGAUUAUGAGUGAAACCUUGUACAGAGGCCUACAAACUAGCGGCGGAGUUACACUCACUGCAAUGGAUGCAUCUUGGAAUGUACUUCCUGCUGGCCAGAGCAUUGUCAUUGGCCAACCCAUAUGCUUUGAAGCCCAGGGCCCAAAAAGUGAGAAAUUUGAGCGGUUGUACCUGAACCGCUGUGUCGUCACUUCCUCUAAAAUACAUCCGAUGGACAAAUAUGUUGUGGUAGCCAAUUAUGGAUGCCUGGUGGACAGCAAGAACAAUGCUCUGACUAAGUUCUACACCACUACAGAAAAGACUACUGUGAGGAUGUGUUUUCAAACUUUUAUAUUUGAAGACAUGGUUCCCCAUUCCCAACUUGAGUCAUGUAAUCAGUCCAACUAUAAGUCUGGCCACCAGUCAUCCAGCCACGACACGGACCAGCCCGGCCACGGGCCUGAUCCAGACUACUCUGGGUCUGGCCACGACAUGGACCAGCCCGGCCACGGGCCUGAUCCAGACCAUUCUGGGUCUGGCCACGAUACGGACCAGCCUGGCCACGGGCCUGAUCCAGACCAUUCUGUCCAGUCCCAACACGCUUCUCAGAUGUCAUUGUUUCUGCAUUGUGAGUUUGACCUGGGACCAGAUAUCCCGACAGCUGGUGCAAAAUCCUGCAUGUUUGACACCCAAACCAAUAUGUGGACUGAGCUGUAUGGUGACCCUUCUGUCUGUGACUGCUGUGACUCUACAUGUCAAGCUCCUGCUACCAGUCACAAGUCUAUGAUCUCCAGUAAGUCUUGGGAUGUGAUGUUUAGGUCUGAAGCCCCAACACCUUUACCAGUGACCUCCACAUCAACUAACUCCGCUGGUCAGACUGAUUUGCCCUGGGACUCCGACUACUACUACUGGCCAGACUGA